GCAAAAGUCUGUGCUCCGGCCAUUAAGGUUAUGUUGUCGCCGGCAAAAAGGUUAUGUACAUGAGUGACAUGUCGCGGAACUAGUGAUGAAUAAAUUGUUAUCUACGACAAUUAGGGAGGUCAGUCAGAAGAUCCACGAUGGCACAGUACGUCCAUCCGAAAUCUGCAAAGCGUCUGUGAAGUUAACUUCGAUUGUCAAACCUCUAAACGCUUAUAUUACCGUGACGAAUGAUGUUGCGGAGAAGCAAGCAAGCGAUGCCGAUACCAGACAACGACAGAAUUCGUUGUUGGGACAGCUCGAUGGCAUUCCCAUUGCUGUCAAAGACAAUUAUUGCGUCAAGAACAAACCUACGACCUGUGCCUCGAGAAUGUUGGCCAACUUUUCCCCUGGCUAUAAUGCCACGGUUUAUGAGAGACUCAGGAAGCAAGGAGCUGUUUUGAUUGGCAAAACUAAUCUAGAUGAGUUUGCCAUGGGUUCUGGUACUAUAGAUUCGUUUUAUGGGCCAACAAAGAAUGUAUGGGGCUCAAAAGUAUUAUCGCAAUUUUAUUCGUGCGAGUCUUCACCGGUUCUUACACAGGAAUUGCAUGGAAAAGAUGCAUGGUGCAUAGCAGGUGGCAGUAGUGGAGGUUCUGCAAUUGCAGUAGCCACGGGUACUUGUUACGCAGCUUUGGGUUCUGACACUGGUGGUUCUACUCGCAACCCUGCAUCGUAUUGCGGUUUAAUUGGCUUGAAACCAACUUACGGUCUGGUGUCACGUUAUGGCCUUAUUCCUCUGUUGAAUUCAAUGGAUGUGCCUGGUAUUCUUGCGAGAACAGUAGACGAUACUGUAUUAAUCUUGAAUGCUAUAGCUGGUUCUGAUACGGCAGAUCCUACUACUGUACAAAGAGAAUAUGUUCCAAUUAACUUAUCCGAAACAGUAGACGUUAGUAAUCUUAGGAUUGGAAUACCAAAAGAGUAUGGAGUACAAGGAAUAAGCGAGGAGGUUCAGGCAUGUUGGGACAGGGUUUCUCGUCAUCUGGAGGAAGCGGGAGCCAGUAUUAUCCCAGUGUCAUUACCUCACACCAAUUAUUCCAUCGUAUGUUACUCCGUCCUAAAUCGAUGUGAUGUAGCUAGCAACUUGGCUUGUUAUGACGGUAUAGAGUAUGGUCACAGAGCCGACGAGUGGAGUUCGACUAACAAAUUGUACACAAAAACCAGAUCAGAAGGCUUUAAUGAUGUAGUCAAAGGUCGCAUACUAGUCGGAAAUUAUUUUCUUUUAGCAGAGAAUUACAAGGAGUAUUAUGUGAAGGCGAUGAAAAUGCGUAGAUUAAUCGCGCAGGACUUUGACGUUUUAUGGAACAAUAAUAUAGAUCUUCUGUUAACUCCGACGACGUUAACCGAAGCUCCCAGUUACAACGAAUUUGCAAUGCUGGACAAUCAGACGCAAUGUUUGAUUCAGGACCACUGUACGCAACCCGCGAAUAUGGCUGGUUUACCUGCUAUCAACGUACCGAUCAAGCUCUCUCGCAGAGGACUGCCCUUGUCAUUGCAAUUAAUGGCGCCACUUUUUCACGAACAGAGGCUACUUAGCAUAGCAAAAUGGAUCGAACAGAUAGUGCAAUUUCCGAAACUCGAAUUGAAGGAUACAUGUUUGUUUGAAUAAAACAAAUUCUUUUAAAUACAGGUGAUGUAUUCUGAUUUAUUUCACAUUUUUCAAAAACUUAUACAUUAUGUAUUUCGUAUUAAGUAUAAUUAAUUUACUACGUCAGUUCACGAACUGUUAGAUUUUACAACUAGAUCUCGCGUGUACCCUUUUGAGUGCUACAGGUACAAUUAGAGUGAGAGUCAGUACGUGAGUCUCUUCGCGUAGCGCAACGGCUGUAACCCUGAGGCCAUGCAACGCAAACAAAUUACACUCUGGUGUGCCAUCGGCCAUAUCUGAAAUUCUAUUCGUCGAGUAAUAAUGUUUGCUUUUGCAACCAAAUGACUCUCGUCUCAUUUCAUUAUGCUGUAACGCUCGUUACUCGAGAGCAAAAUAUAAACUGGUUCUCUUCA